CGUUUCUCAACGACGGGUCGUUGACCAACCGUCGACUUGAUCGUUUUUGUGUGGGCGUUUGGGGCUGUGAAAACAAUAUCCUAAUAUUAUCUAAUCCACCCAGAAACCCCCCAAAAAAAAAAAAAAAUGCUAACCCACAACGUUGUAGCUCCUUCCUCUCUAUGCCCAAUUGUUUCAUUUGAUUUCCAAGGGCAGCAAGUUUAUGAUAAGUUAUUGUUUGCUCACAAACUCAACUAUGGGCUUGACCGAGGAGGGAGAAGGAAGCAUAAGAGUCUAAGACUCAGGGCUGGCUUUUGGGAGUCCAUUAAAUCUGGGCUUCUAAAGGACGAUACCACACAAGUCAUAGAAACAUCCCCUGAACCCCAGGUAGAGGAACCUCUCCCUGAAGAGUUUGUUCUCAUUGAGAAGACUCGACCAGAUGGAGCAACUGAACAAAUAAUAUUCUCUUCAGGUGGAGAUGUUGAUGUGUAUGAUCUUCAAGCCCUAUGUGAUAAGGUGGGUUGGCCUCGGAGGCCACUGUCAAAACUAGCGGCUGCUUUAAAAAAUAGCUACAUGGUAGCCACCCUGCACUCUAUUAGGAAAUCACCUGAACCAGAAGGGGGUGACCAAAAGAAGCUAAUUGGCAUGGCUCGUGCAACAUCAGAUCAUGCUUUCAAUGCUACAAUAUGGGAUGUCCUUGUUGAUCCUUCAUAUCAGGGACAAGGCCUUGGAAAGACCCUUGUUGAAAAUAUUAUAAGGGCUCUUCUGCAAAGAGACAUUGGAAAUAUAACACUCUUCGCAGAUAGUCAAGUUGUAGAGUUCUAUCGGAAUUUAGGUUUUGAACCUGACCCAGAAGGUAUUAAAGGUAUGUUUUGGUACCCAAAGUUCUAAUUCUCACCACAACAAAGUCAAGCUUGUUUUUCCUUUGGCAUUGAUUUGUGUGGCGGCUUUGGAUGGGAAUUGGGACAAGGCUGAUAAUUUCCCCAUUUGUAGUUUGUAGAUAUGACAUUGAUGCUUAAUGGUUUUAUGUGAGUUAUCUUCCCUCUGGACUAAGGGAAUAACAGACACUGAAUUUUUCCAUAUAUUUUAAUGCUGGGAGGCUUACUCA